CUCAGCCUGAAAGCUAUUUCAGUUAUCUCGAUUUGAAUAGGUGACUCACAGCGGCCAUCUUGAAAAAUUAUUACAAGGCUGGAUAUUUGAAAUAUCUCUGCUUUUAGUCUUUUUUAUAUGGCCAUUUGACGAAUAUUUCCAUGCUGUGAAUAUCAGGAGGGGAGAAUGGCAUACCAAGGAGCUUUGGCGGUGAUUUUGGCAGCCGCUCUAGCCGUGAUGGUGAACGGUGGACCAUUCGAUUGGAUGACGGAGGAUAGUUUUGACCAGCUAGACAGGAUGAUGAACGCGGUCACAGCAGAAAACUGUGAGACGAAGCCAGCUUCGGCUUUGAAACUACCAACCUCUGUGGUCACACAUCAGCCGAGAGCCAACGAUUUGCUCUCCCAAAAAUUCUUUGCAAACAGGACUAGCAUGAUUCAUUUGCAUAACAUGGCGCUCAGUCGCUCAUUUUAUCUCAGUUAUAUGAACUACAAGGCAAACGAGUCUUGGAAUUUCGGCCAACAACCAGGAUUUCUAUAUUAUUACAUGUCUUUAGCAGCAGAUGUAGGAGCCAAUCCUGGAUGGAUAAACGGGAGCUCGGUGUAUUUCGAGUACAACCUCACAUUCCCGAAUUUUUACAGCAAUUUGCCGCUCAAUCACACGCUCCUUUUAUUUGGUCCACACGCAUAUCGUUUGGACGACUAUAAAGAUCCGAUGAACUGGCUCCGAGAGCCAACCAACAACACCAUCAACGUGGUUGACAUUGGGGCUGGUAGUGAGAGUAACUAUACCAGCACUCAAUAUAAAACAAACGAUUGGUACUCGCUUUUCUUACCAGAUUUCUCUAAAUCUGGAGACUCGUUGAAGAAGUUUACGUAUUCAUACGCAAUUAAAUAUUCAAACGAAACUGGUAAAUUUGUAAGCAAUGAAUUUCAAGAAAAGACAUUUUUUGGUCCACCAAAUCCAAGCGCAUUGGAGACGCAGUAUCUCCCUGUAUUGUACACUGCUCCGUAUUUUGACUGUGGCAAGACCAACAAGUGGAUUAUAAGCGCUGUGUCCCCUGUGGUGGAUCACCUGUCUCGAUAUCAUGACUUUGAUCAUAUAAGACGACCAAGGUACUCUGCGGUUGUUACAAUGGAUAUGGAUUUUCUGCGGAUCGACUUCAAUCCAUGUCCAAUAGGACAGGGAAAUCCCAUCCCCAACUUUCUGGCAGGGACAGCUCGCUGCAAACCCACCACCAUGUGUCAGCCGCUGUCCGGGUUCGGCUUUCAGCGUGGUGGCUACGAGUGUGUGUGCCGCCCAGGGUAUCGCCUGCCACACUGGCAAAAUGGCGCUUUCCAGGGAGUGGACAUUGAACUCGCUACCACAGAAGAAUACAAAAAUGGCUUCGACUGUUUACCUGUGGGUUACCGCAUGGUGGUCCCUCAAAUUCAAAACAAAGAAGGUGGCCCAUCCGGUGGUGUCAUCGUAGAGAAAUUUACUACUACUACUACCACCACGACCACCACCACUCCACGGCCUGUGACCACGACAGCUGCCCCCGUAACGCCCAGUAACAACACUUCUAGCGGGCGUAGGAAGCGAAGCAUUGCCGCUCAUGCUCCGAAAGAUGUCCUGGACGCUAUAGAGCUCAAUAAAAUGAGAGAAGAACUGAGAAAGAAGCGUAGGGUCGCCAGCAAAAUCCGCCAAGAAGACGUCGAAAUCAUAAAACGCAAUAAGAGGAAGAUCAAUAAGGAGAAAGAAAGACAAGAAGUCAAACGCCGACGCAAGCGAGAAGCUGUGGUUCAAGCCUUCAACGAGGAGUCCAGCAUUCGUGUGAACCUUCUUAUCGAAAAGAUGGACAGUGUAACCAGUGCAAACUGCAGGUCCAAGACACAGGAGGAGUUAGAGCUGCCAGGAGAUAUGGCGUACGGGACAAAAGAACAGUUUGAAAGUCAGGGCCGCGUGGCUGUUCGUCUGGCCCAGUUUCUCAGCAACUUUAUGCAGAACGUAGACGAAAAGGAAGAUUUUGGAAACUUGUUGGGUGAUAAUAAGCUGCACGUGGAGCAGAUGUUUGGCGAGGUUGGAAGUAACGUGAUGGGCAAUGUUGAGAUCUCCGGUUGCGGUGUGUUUUUUGACCAUAACAAAUUCCUGGAAAGAAAUGGCACCAUGAGAUCUUACUUUGGCCCUUAUGCCUGGAAGUCCUUGGGAGACCAAUAUUUGGCUGUAGACUUUGCAGGAGACCCAGAAGGCUAUGCAGACGAGGUUUGGUUUUCAGACGUGAGAGACCGCUGGAGGGCCAACACCUACGGGCUGACGCGUUUUACAAUGAAUCCUUGGAUGAGAGCUGAUAUUGCUGGCACUGCACUGAGGAAAUUUGACCAAUAUCCACUCUUCUACUAUGCGGCUUCUUAUGAGCUUGGGGAGUGGUUCGGGCCUUACUUUGAUUGUGAUGGAUACGUGGAUGAUUGGCUCAUGACUUACUCUGUCCCUUUCUUUGGUCUUAACUCCCUGAAAAGAAUUGAAUUCAAGGGCGUGGUCAUCGUUGACGUAAAACUGCGAGAUCUCGACAUUAACCAGUGUCCCCAGGAGUUUUAUGUGCCUAAUGCUUUCAAAGGAACUGCACGUUGCGACUACGAAUCCACAUACUGCAAAUUCGAGCCCAGCCAGAAGUUUGAGAAGGGUGGUUACAAGUGUGAGUGUAAGCAAGGCUACGAGUACCCGUUUAUUGAUCAGGGAUGGUACUUCGACGGAAAGGAAAUGGAAGAAGAGUACAGGAAACUGAAACUGGGAAUAUUUUCAAGAUACGAUACCCUCAAGUGUCGCAUUGCUGGUGCCCCGAAGAUAGCGAGCAGCGGAGUUAUAAUGACAGUGCUAGCAUUAAUGUACAUGUUGCUGAAAGAGUAGUCAGUCUUUUUAUAUAUAUGUUGCCUGUGGCUGGCUCUAGCAUGAAUGCAAGAGCAGUUGCUCUUUAUUUCAAGCAUUUAUCACAACUUGGUUUUAUUAAGUACAUAUUCAGAUAUAGUAGAUCUUUUGUAGGUUUUAACUAUACAUUAUACUUAAAUUUUAUACUUUACAAAUUUUAACUCUUUUUCAGUUGUCGACAAAUGUUUUUAUUUACAAACUUCGGCAUUUUUAAAAUUUGCGUGGAAUGUUUUAUGCUGCAGAGGACAGUUAAUAUUAAUCAGAACUCGAACUGGUAUAUCAAUAACAUGAAAUGGAUAACGGUUCUUUUUUCAUUGGUAGUAUCCUAAUUCUCGUUAUUCUACCUGGAUUGAGUGCGAGGAAAGAACUGUUUCCAAUGUACAUAUGUUCAAAAUAUUUGAUAUUUUUGACCCGCACUAGUUUAAUAGAAAAUAGUGAAGAAAGCGUACUUGGUGCCAUCUGUAUAUAUAUAAAUAUAUAUAUAUCAAAACUUUGCGUGUAAAUAUUUUCACAUUCCGUUUGUUUGCACAAACUGCCUCUUGCCCACAAGAUGGAGGUAAUUAGUUAUUUGAAAAUUAAUGUAUUUGAUUAGCAGUUGUGAAAUUUUGUAGGCAACCAUCCAAAAUUCCUCUAUGCAAGUUUAUAUAAUCUGUGAAAACAAAUUAUUUUUCUAAUCUAAGUAUCAAGAGCUUUUUUCUUCUUCACAGUCUUUAAGUUUAGGUCUAGACAAUGGAAGCAAAAAUGAAAUGCUGUACAUAUUUGACUUUGACUUAAAAGGUCUGCCUAUAGCUUAGGAAUGCUAAGGUUGGGAGGGGGGUCGCGGCCACUAUCCAUUGAAAAUAUCAAAUAUUGUGCGGGUGUGAAUUCGUCAGAGGAGAGAGUUGUUUUCUCCAUAUGUUGCUGUUUAGAUUCAAUAUAAUUACCAGCACUGGAAUCCGAAUGCCAUGGCAUUUUUCAAGCACGACCUACGUACCAUAAACUCGUAAGGAUACUAAGACGUGAAUUAUACUUUUCGUAUGUUUGAUAAAAUAUUUGUACAGAGGUAUUGAAAAGAACGUGUAGCGUCUUUGCUGAAAAGGGAAAUCUAUUGAUGCGGAGAUGAAGAUAAAACAGAAAUAAACGCAUUUCUGGAAAA